ACCGUAGAAGAAGGCCGAACCUCUGUGGCUGUCUAUACACGUUGUUGUACAUAAUGCAGAGGCAACGCAUUUCUGCGUUCGCGCUUUAUCAAACUUUGUCAGCCAAUUCAUCGCCUCCUGCUAAAAAAUCUGCUGUGCAGGUGACAUCAAAAAAGAAGAAGAAGAAGCAGGAGAAUGGUGUGGUAACUAGUAAAAUACAUGCCAACAAGUCUGUAAUCAAAGCAGAGAAGAAGAAAAUCAGAAAAACGGCUUCAAAGAGGUUGAAAGAAGAAGAAACAAACAAUACCACAGAUCAGGAGUGUAUAAAUGGGGAAACACUGGAAGAUCUGUUGGACAACCUGGCAUCUGUGAAUAACAGCAGGGAGCGGGCCAGCGCGCUAUUCCAGUGGCUCAUCAGCCCACUUCCCGUGAAGGCUUUUUUCAGAGACACAUGGGAGAAGAAGCCCAUCCUUAUCCAACGUAAAAAUCCAGAUUACUACAAAGGCUUGUUCUCCACUGCAGAGUUCGACCGCAUUCUGAGAGAGGAUGAUGUUCAGUAUGGGGUGAACCUCGAUGUCACCAGCUACACAGACGGCAAGAGGGAGACCCACAAUCCUCCUGGGCGAGCGCUGCCCUUCACAGUGUGGGACUUUUAUCAGGCCGGCUGCUCGCUUCGCCUGUUGAACCCUCAGGCUUUCUCCUCCAUGGUGUGGAAUGUUCUCUCCAUCCUCCAGGAGAAGUUCGGCAGCAUGGCUGGAGCGAACGUAUACUUGACGCCUCCAGGCACUCAAGGGUUUGCGCCGCAUUAUGACGACAUAGAGGCGUUUGUGGUCCAGCUGGAGGGGAAGAAGCACUGGAGAGUUUACAGUCCAAGGUCAGCAGAAGAGGUCCUGCCUGUGUUCUCGAGCCCGAACUUUGACCAGUCGGAAAUUGGGACACCAAUCCUGGAGGUGGUUCUGGAGGCUGGAGAUCUGCUCUACUUCCCUCGAGGCUUCAUCCAUCAGGGCGACUGUCUCCCCGACUCCCACUCGCUGCACAUCACCAUCUCUUCCUACCAGAAGAACAGCUGGGGAGACCUGCUGCACAAGCUGCUUCCAGCUGCUCUGGAGGUCGCCAUGGAGGAGGAUGCGGAGUUCCGCCAGGGUUUGCCUCUGGAUUACCUGACGUACAUGGGAGUGCAGAACUCUGACGAGGAUGAUCCGAGGAGGACAGCGUUCGUGUCCAAAAUUGAAAGUCUCACCAAGAAGCUGGCAAAUUAUCUGCCUGUUGACGCUGCAGUGGAUCUGAAAGCUCGAGAUUUUCUCCACGACUGUCUCCCACCCAAGCUGAAUGCAGACGAAGUGUCCAGCAGUGUGCACGGAGCAGCUGUGCGUUGGGAGGGCGGCACAGUGAAGGAUUUUGGCUCAAACAUCACAAGCAAGACCAAAGUCAGACUUUUGCGAGCAGGAUGUGCCAGAUUGGGCAGCGACGGAGAGGCAGUUCAUCUUUACUACACAACGGACAACUCCAGAGUUUACCACAAGGAAGAGCUCAAGAGUUUGGAAAUAGAAUCAACGCACUUGGAUGCCGUGGAGUUCCUCAUCCAUUCAUACCCAGAAUAUGUGACGGUUGGAAGCUUUCCAUGCGAGGCAGCUGAUGACAAGAUCGCCUUGGCAGAGCUGCUCUUUGAGAAGGGGAUCAUUCACACAGAAUAACCUGAAAUAAAGAUGAAUUAAUGCCACUCUUCUUUUUAAAC